AUGGCACCGACGCAGCUCAGCAUUGUGCUGGAGGGUCUGCUCAACGAGCUCGGGACAGCCGACCUCAGUACGCUCGAGGCCAUGCUCAAGCACGAUACAGGCGCAGUGCUCGACGCGAUCCGAAGCACCACUGCAGCCGCAGAGGCUGGUGCGGCGGUUUAUGCCAGCUCGGCCACGAGCAAUGUUGUUGUGUGCCCAAGCAGCACUGCCACCGCUGGCGUAAUCUCUGGUCAGCACAACGGCAGCAUCUCCCGCACUCUCGUCAGCACAGACGCGCAAACCACACUAAAGGGCUCGGACAUCCAUGCAGCCGCGAGUAGUGCGAGUGCUGAGGUGCUGCUCCGGCAGGAGUUGGAAGAGAAGUUGCGGUCACAGACCAAGGAGCUCGCUUCUGAGCAGCGCUCUGCGAGCGCUGUGAAGAAGGCGCUCGCAUCGGCGCGGGCUGAGCUUGCUGCGGCACAAGAGCCUCGAGCUGAUUUUGAGUGGCGUAUCGGCGAGAUGCGGGCCAAGAUCCAGGCCGAGCUGCGCGAGCAGCUCGACGCGCUGCAGAUUUCGAUGGAGGCAGAGGCGAGGCGCGCUGAUGCCGCAGAGGCGGAGAGGUCAAGGCUGUACGACAAGAUGGAGGGGAUUAUAUGCGCACGCGACAGAGGCCCGCAAGCGGGGUUCGUGUUUAAGAUCGGGGGAAACUAA